CCACGAGGAAUAGCUCAGUGUGGUGUGAUUAGUUCAACAGCUGCCAACCCCACCAAUAAAUCAGUGCCUUCCUGCCCUGGAUUACAUUCUGUCUAUCAUAAGUCACUUCCUACAGGGAUCCAGACCACAUCAGUGUCAACAAAGUAAAAUCUGCAUCAUUUUUUCACGACUGCUUUGCUGCUUUAGCAUGGGAGCACCCACCAAGGUGCCCCAGACACUGAAGCCCCUGGCUGACCUGCAGGGUUGAGGCUGGGUCUAUAGGUUAUAACCACUUAGAAAAGUUGCUAAUGAUACCCAUGCUUUUCACUCCUGCAGGGUUUCAGCUGUCAUUCUGUGAUGUGGAAGGUUAAAAUCUCCUCAAUAUUAUAAGCAGGUUGGGGACUGGAUCAUUUUCAGGCCUUCCAUGCAGCACCUAACACAACAAAUUGCAUGACAGGAUGUGACAAAUUUCCACACAUAUGCCAAUACAAAUAAACCAAUAAAACCAUCAGAAUUUAAACUGCUAUAAAAGAAGAAACUCUUUCCCCUCUUUGGCUGCUCUGCUGGAGGAUAAGGCUGUCCCUGCCAGGCAGUAAAGGCAGCCUGGACCUUUAAGAGCAGCAGUUGCCAGUGCAGCUCUUCCUGGGAACUUUGGAACAGCCCAGGGUGGAAGCCUGAGCUGACUGCCUGCGAGGCAAAAUGAACAUUCAGGAGUAUUUUGGAAGAAUAUCUUACAACAAUCCCCAUAAGGAUACAGACUUGCAGACCCUGACAGCCAUCUUCCAGCAUCACAUCCAGACCAUUCCUUUUGAGAACCUCAGCAUGCAUUGUGGGGAGGCCAUCAAACUGGAUUUGCAAUCUACUUACAAUAAGAUUGUGAGAAAGAAACGUGGUGGAUGGUGCCUGGAAAUCAACCACCUCCUCUUCUGGGCCUUGCAAGAAUUAGGGUAUGAUGUCUGUAUUCUUGGUGCAAACAGCUAUGAGCCAGCAGAGAAGGGAUACACUGCUGAGAUAAACCAUAUCCUGCUGAAGGUGGUGAUCAAGGGAGAUUCCUACAUAGUAGAUGCUGGGUUUGGUGGUGCCUACCAGAUGUGGCAGCCACUGAUGCUGAUUUCUGGGAAGGACCAACCCCAGGUCCCUGGCAUUUUCCACUUCAUGGAAGACAACGGCAUCUGGUACUUUGAGAAAGUCAAAAGGAAGCAUUAUAUUCCUGAGCACAGUAAGAGUGACUUCCCUGAUACUCCAGAACUGGGGAACAUCCGAAAAAUAUACAGAUUUACUCUUGAGCCACGGCAUAUAGAUGAUUUCCAGGAGCUAAAUGCCUACCUCCAAGUGUCUCCAGAUAACAUCCUUCGGAAGAAGUCAAUCUGCACUCUCCAAACCACCAAUGGGUUCCUUGCCUUGGUUGGAUGGACCUUCAGUGAGAUGAAAUACAACUACACAGAGGACACGGACCUGGUGAACAUCACAACCCUUACAGAUGAAGAGGUUGAGAAGACACUGAAAGAUAAAUUCAAUAUAGUACUGGAGAACAAACUAGUACCAGUAAAUGUUCGUGGCUUGCCACCUAAUUUAGUGGAUAAGAUCUAACUGUAACACUGUGCUAGAUAGAUCUUUAAAUAGCCAGGAGAAAAAUUCUAAAAUUAACAUUAAUUACAAUAAUUGCAUUUUUAACUCGAGCUAGUCAUCAAGCUUGGUAAAUUCUAGUACAUUGCUAAUUAACUGCAUAUAUCAAUUGCAUAUUUUUUAUUAAACCUCUCCUUCUUUAGAAACCAAGACAUCUUACUAGCUCAGUUCGGCUCAUAUGGAAAUUGCUUUUUGACUACUUAACUUUUUGUUCACCUUCUCAAGAACUCAUUUUAUUGCAGAUAUAUUUUGUGGUAAAUGAGGCC